UGUUGCCUCAUUAAAUUAGGGAAAAUGUCGUGAAGUGAUGUAGGUCAAAAGGCGCAGAGUGGAGAGGUUCCUGUGACUCCACCACCACCAGCUCAGCACAGCAGACACCAGCAGGGAAAGCCACGAGCUGGUUUUGCGCAUGGAUUUAGCUGGUUUUAACUCUCCAUCACCGGGAGAAGUGUCAGCGCGACAGUGAUGACAGGAAGAAGAAAUGGGGAUGAAUAACCAUGAAGUGAGGAUGAAGCCGAGUGGAGGUCCAAUGAAGACAUGAGCACAUAUCGAUGGAGUCCUCUUUCAACACCGUAGAGCUCCGGGAGCUGCGAGGGAGUGGAGCCCGGCAAGGCCCAUCUCCGACACCGACUUCAGCACCCUGGACAGCAGCAACGCUGGGCUGCUCCGCCCGGGGCUUUGAGAACGCCUCCUACGAGCAGGAUGAGGAUCAGGACCUCCGUCAGCAGGAGCAACAGCCAACCACAAGUUAUCCGCCUUCCACAUCAGGAAACAGUAAGCAUCAUCAGGAGAUCUCGCCGCAGUCGUAUGAUGAGGAGGAAGGAGGCGGUGGAGCAGGUGGAGGUCAGGAGGACGGUCAGGACUUCACUGAAUUUCGCCCCGUUGAUGACCACUCGGCAGACUAUGGCUUCAUCUUGGCGCUGGUGUUCCUCGUGAGUGGGAUCGUCCUCGUGGUCAUCGCCUACACUAUCCCGCGGGAGCCCAAAGUCGACCCGGACUCAGUUUCGGCGCGGCAGAUGGAGAAGCUGGAGAUGUACUACGCCCAGCUUGGCUCCCACCUGGAUAAGUGCAUCAUCGCGGGCCUGGGCCUGCUGACCCUGGGAGGGAUGUUCCUGUCCGUGCUGCUCAUGGUGUCCAUCUGCCGGGGUGAGAUGUACCGACGCAGGGCGGCAUUCGUUCGACCCAAGAGGACUUAUGGCUCCAUCAACCUGAGGAUGAAGCAGCUGGCGACUGGAGAGGCGGGCUUAGGUGACGGCGGGGAUGGAGGCGAGGAGUUUUUGGUGGAAUGCGCAGAGACGCGGAAUAACGUACAGCCAGAGCCGAGCCAGGACUCCAAAUCAGAACCAGGACCAAGCAAAAACCCUCCUACUUCUCUUCCUGCUGCUUCUUCUUCUGCUGCUGCACGUGGAGUCAACUAGCUCCACCCUCUGCCUUUCUCUGCGUGAUCCCCCAGGUGCAUUAUGGGGAUGCAGGUUGCCCUUUUGUGCCGAGGGGAGAACCACAUCUUAAGCAAGAGGCUUCCCGCCGGAGCUGUUACCCGGCAUGUAGGGAUGAGCUGAGCUUAAAGGAUAUUUAUUCUGACCAAUCACAAGGGAUGUAUGACUUUACAAAAGAGGGCUCAACUGGGUGGAAGACGAGAGGUAAGCCUGUGGCAAUGUGGAUAAGAGCACAUGUGGACAUGAACGGAUGCAUAUCAAAGAUUAAAAUGAAGAUUUUGAAUCCUAGUAUGUUAAUCAGAGUCAUACAAUAUAAAGCACAUUAUGAUAUAAAGCACCGCAGAAAGUAAGAUUAACAUUUAUUGUGAAAAUUCUUUACUGAUGCUGAAAGGAAGUUCAGUAAUUAAAUCUAGCCAUAUUUUAAGCCCUAACCAGCAGGUUUACCUUAACACACUCACACUAAAUACUUGGCUUGUAAUGCUGCUGUGAAUAGCACUAUAACAGACUUCAGAGUAAAUUAUUGUAAAAGAAAGAGCAACUCGCUGUCAUACAAAAAACAGAGGCAACAGUUUUGAAAGCUUGGCGACGUUCACCUCCAGCCAUUAACACAGAAGAUUAACCACAGAAAACCCUAAAAAAAGCUUAAAAUGUUCAGUUUAAACCUGCAUUAAGCAAAAUAAGUGAUUGAUUAAAAAGAUGGAACAGAGCUCGUUUGGCUCCUUUUAGCUGCUUGAUUUGGUUUUCUGGCCGCACAGACAGAUGUGGUUUAAUGUUGGGAGGUGGAUUCAAGCCGGAAAGGUUCUCAUUUCGUUCCAUCUGAUAUUUCUGUGACUUAUAAUUGACAAAUUAUAAUUGACUUUUUUGUAGUAAAACUGUCUUUGCUUACUUGUAACAUAAAAUUAAUAUAAAAAUCAUAUAAUUGCUGAUUUUUGUGCCCACAUGAUUAAUGGCACCUGUUGGAGUUUGUUUUUGAUCUUUUUUAGUUGCUAAAAGCUCCACCGUGUUCCCACUUCAUCCCGUUUGAUGUUUGCCUUUUUUUCUCUAUGAUACCAGCCUGCUGGGGCUGAUCAGAGUUGUAGAGUAACAUUAUGAUUCAUUUCUGCUUGUGUUUAUGAUUAUUUUUUUCCUUCAUUAUUCCUUCUCUUUAUCUUAGUACCUUGUUCUUUUGCUGCUCAUCACUGCUCUGUGGUCACCAGCUCACCUCUGGCUUUGUCUAUCAGGGUUUUGACACCAACCUAAACAAGAAGAAAUCUUUUACAAAGCUCAGAAAAUCUAAGAGGAGCUGCAGAUUUAGCUGAUAAUGGGUCUGACGCUGCAAGCUUUCUUAAAUUUCCAGUUAAUUUAUUGUAAUUGUAAAGGUGUUGGGUGAA